AUGGUCAACAACUUCCAGCGCCUGAGCGUCCUCGUCGCGGCUCUCCUGCCCGUCGGUCUUGCCGCCCCCGUCCAGAGCGAGGAGCGCGAUGCCGAGAGCUUCGGAGUCGUCGGCGCAUCCGCCAAGGACAGCUACAUCAUUACCCUCAAGGACGACCUUGAGGCUCGUGAUGUCGAGUCUCACCUUGACUGGCUCAACGAGGUCCAGGCCCGCGCCCUGAACAAGCGCGACUUCCCUGGCGUUAAGAAGCACUACGACAUUGGCGCUUACCACGGUUACUCUGGCAAGUUCGACGAGGAGACUCUCGAGGCCAUCAAGGCCAGCCCUGAGGUUGCCGCUGUCGAGAAGGACCAGAUCUGGACCCUCUUCGCUGUCACCAGCCAGUCCGGUGCCCCCUACGGCCUUGGCUCGCUCUCCUCGCGCACCGGUGCCUCAACCACCUACCGCUACGAUGACAGCGCCGGCCAGGGAACUUACGCCUAUGUCGUUGACAGUGGUGUUCAGGUUGGGCACUCGCAGUUCGGUGGCCGUGCCACUCUCGGCUCCAACCCUGCUGGUGGUGCUCACACUGACACCAGCGGUCACGGCACUCACGUCGCCGGUACCAUCGGUGGUUCCACCUACGGUGUGGCCAAGCGCACCAACAUCAUCUCCGUCAAGGUCUUCGUCGGCAACUCCGCCUCGACCUCCGUCAUUCUCUCCGGCUUCAACUGGGCCGCCAACGACAUCCGCACCAAGGCACGCACCACCACCUCCGUCGUGAACCUGUCCCUCGGCGGUGGCUUCUCGUCCGCUUUCAACAACGCCAUCAACGCUGCCUCGGCCCAGGGCGUCGUUAGCGUCAUCGCUGCCGGUAACGAGAACCAGAACGUUGCCAACGUCUCUCCCGCUUCCGCUGCCAGCGCCAUUGCCGUCGGUGCCGUCGACUCUGCCUGGGCCAUUGCCUCCUACUCCAACUGGGGUGCUGGCGUCACCAUCUUCGCCCCUGGCUCCAACGUUCUGUCCGCCUGGAUUGGCAGCAACACCGCUACCCGCUCCAUCUCCGGUACCUCCAUGGCCUCUCCCCACGUCGCUGGUCUCGUUGUCUACCUCCAGCGCCUCGAGGGUCUCGCCAGCCCUGCCGCCGCCAAGGCCCGCCUCAUCGCCCUUGCCACCACUGGCCGCGUCACUGGCAACCUUCGUGGCUCCCCCAACCGCCUCGCCUACAACGGCGUCGCUUAA